AUGGGUCUGAACUUGGAGGAAAUCUAUGGCCAAUUUCUAGAAGAAGAGCAGCAACCAAACGAAUAUUCAGAGUACAAGCCAAAGCAAGGAUAUGGCUGGGCAAAUACUCUGCCGGAGCGGCAGGGACUGUACAAUCCCGAAUAUGAGAAGGAUGCUUGCGGUGUAGGCUUCGCUGCUCAUAUCAAGGGCAACCCUAGUCAUAAAAUUGUCAGCGAUGCGCGCAACCUGCUUUGUAACAUGACGCACCGAGGUGCCGUGGGCUCAGAUGCCAGAGAUGGUGACGGUGCCGGUGUGAUGACCAGUAUCCCCCACAAAUUCUUCAUUAAGAAUUUCGCUCGCGACGUUGGGGUUGAGCUCCCGCCGCUCGGACAGUAUGCGGUUGGCAACCUGUUUUUCAAGCCCGACGAGGAGUCUUUGAAGGAAUCAACAACAUCGUUCGAAGAAAUUGCAGUCUCUCUCGGCUUGCGAGUGCUGGGCUGGCGUGAGGUCCCUCGUGAUUCGACGAUUUUGGGUCCUGCUGCCCUAUCGCGGGAGCCUAUCAUUCUGCAGCCGUUCGUGGUACUGAAGUCCGCUUAUGGCGAUGGAAACAAGCCGGAAACCACCGAUCCUGAGUCGUUCGAUGAGAGAAAUUUCGAACGUCAGCUUUAUGUGCUUCGGAAACGGGCCACUCAUGUGAUUGGGCUGGCCAACUGGUUUUACUUGUGCUCCCUCAGCAACCGAAACAUCGUGUACAAGGGUCAACUAGCCCCUGUUCAAGUAUAUCAGUACUAUCAUGAUCUAGUCAAUGUGGAUUACGAAGGCCACUUCGCCCUCGUGCAUUCUCGUUUCUCUACCAACACAUUUCCCUCGUGGGACCGCGCACAGCCUUUGCGCUGGGCCGCUCACAACGGUGAGAUCAACACCCUCCGGGGCAACAAGAAUUGGAUGCGGGCUAGAGAAGGCGUGCUCAAGUCCGACAUUUUCGGUGAUGAGCUCGACAGCCUCUAUCCGAUCGUUGAGGACGGCGGCUCUGACUCUGCGGCCUUCGAUAACGUACUGGAGUUGCUCAUGAUCAACGGCGUUUUGUCUCUACCCGAGGCAGUGAUGCUCAUGAUCCCCGAAGCGUGGCAGGACAACCCGGCCAUGGACCCUGCCAAGGCCGCAUUCUAUGAGUGGGCUGCAUGCCAGAUGGAGCCUUGGGACGGCCCUGCUCUUUUCACUUUCUCUGACGGCCGGUACUGUGGUGCCAAUCUGGACCGUAACGGAUUGCGUCCUUGCCGUUUCUAUGUGACAGACGACGACCGCAUCGUCUGUGCCUCCGAGGUCGGUGCUGUGGACGUCGACCCCGAGCGUGUUGUCCAGAAGGGCCGUCUGCAGCCCGGCAAGAUGCUUCUAGUCGACACCGUGGCUGGCCGCAUUAUUGAUGAUUCCGAGCUUAAAUACACGGUUGCCCACCGCCAGGACUUCACUACGUGGCUGGAUAAAGAGCUUCUGAAGCUUCCCGCCGUCAAGGAGAAGCUAGUCGAACAAAACAUUGACCUUCGCUACUCCAUUGAUGACAGCACCGUGCAAAAUGACCCUCGACUCAAGGCAUUCGGAUAUUCCUUCGAGCAGGUCAGCCUGCUUCUUGGACCGAUGGCUGCUGAUUCCAAGGAAGCUCUUGGCUCGAUGGGAAACGACGCUCCAUUAGCCUGCAUUGCCGAACAGCCUCGCCUUCUCUACGAAUACUUUCGCCAACUCUUUGCUCAAGUGACCAAUCCCCCAAUUGACCCAAUUCGAGAGGCCGUUGUCAUGUCGCUGGACUGCUACGUUGGCCCUCAGGGCAACCUCUUAGAAAUGGACCCCUCCCAGUGCCGUCGCCUACUGCUCCCUUCACCCAUCUUGAGCAUCCCUGAGUUUAAUGCCCUAAAGAAUAUCAACCAGGCUCACAAGGACUGGACCGUGAAGACGAUCGACAUCACCUUUGAGAAAGUAAAGGGCGUUCCGGGGUAUGUCGAGGCGCUUGAUGCCAUCUGUGAUGCCACUACCGAUGCUGUUCAGAACGGGGAUAAGGUUAUUGUGCUUUCUGACCGCGCAACUUCCGCCGACCGAGUCCCCGUUUCUGCUCUCCUGGCGACUGGGUUGGUCCACCACCAUCUCGUCCGCAAUAAAUGGAGAUCUCUUGCCGCGCUGGUUGUAGAAACUGCAGAGGCUCGUGAAGUGCAUCACAUGUGUGUUUUGGUCGGAUAUGGUGCCGACGCUGUCAACCCAUACCUGGCUAUGGAAUGUAUCAUCAAGAUGAACCGUGAAAAUCUGAUCCGCAAGCAGCUCUCGGAUGAGAAGGUUAUCGAAAACUAUAGGGCCUCUUGUGAUGGCGGUAUCCUGAAGGUCAUGAGCAAAAUGGGAAUUUCUACUCUGCAGUCUUACAAGGGCGCUCAGAUCUUUGAAGCGCUCGGUAUCGAUGAUAGUGUCAUUGACCGGUGUUUCGCAGGAACUGCAAGCCGUAUCCGUGGCUUGGACUUUGAACUUAUCGCCCAAGAUGCAUUUGCCUUCCAUGAACGUGGUUACCCUUCUCGUUCAGUCACUGAGAUCCCCGGUCUUCCGGAGUCCGGUGAAUACCAUUGGCGUGAUGGAGGCGAGGAGCAUAUUAAUGAUCCAGUUAGCAUUGCGAACAUGCAGGAUGCCGUGCGUACGAAGAACGACAAAUCUUAUGAGGCCUACGCUAAGGCUGAACAUGAGCAAAUCAAAAACUGUACCCUCCGUGGUAUGCUUGAUUUCGAUUUCGAGCAGCGGACGCCCAUUCCAAUUGAUCAAGUUGAGCCUUGGACCGAGAUUGUUCGCCGAUUCGUCACCGGUGCUAUGUCUUACGGAUCUAUCUCCAUGGAAUCUCACUCCACGCUGGCAAUUGCCAUGAACCGUCUUGGUGGCAAGUCUAACACCGGAGAAGGUGGUGAAGACGCCGAGCGAAGCAAGCGCAUGGAGAACGGGGAUACUAUGCGGUCGGCUAUCAAACAGAUCGCCUCUGGCCGUUUUGGCGUAACAUCGCAUUACCUGGCAGAUGCCGAUGAACUGCAGAUCAAAAUGGCACAGGGAGCUAAGCCUGGCGAAGGUGGUGAGCUCCCAGGCCACAAGGUCGUUGGCCCUAUUGCCCACACACGUUACUCGACUCCCGGAGUUGGCCUGAUCUCGCCGCCGCCGCACCAUGACAUUUACUCCAUUGAGGAUCUGAAGCAACUCAUUUACGACCUCAAAUGCUCGAACCCCCGCGCGCGCGUUUCUGUUAAGCUCGUCUCAGAGGUCGGUGUGGGAAUUGUUGCCUCUGGUGUCGCCAAAGCUAAGGCUGACCACAUCUUGAUUUCGGGUCACGAUGGCGGUACUGGUGCCUCUCGCUGGACUGGUAUCAAGUAUGCCGGCCUUCCGUGGGAGCUGGGUCUCGCCGAAACCCAUCAAACUCUUGUCCUGAAUGACCUGCGUGGUCGUGUUGUUGUUCAGACUGAUGGCCAGCUUCGCACCGGUCGUGAUCUUGCUGUUGCUUGUCUCCUGGGCGCUGAAGAAUAUGGUUUCGCCACUACUCCUCUCAUUGCUAUGGGUUGUAUCAUGAUGAGAAAAUGCCACCUUAACACUUGUCCCGUGGGUAUUGCAACCCAGGACCCCGAGCUUCGGGCCAAAUUCUCUGGAACUCCUGAACAUGUCAUCAAUUUCUUCUAUUACAUUGCCAACGAAAUGCGUGCGAUCAUGGCAAAACUGGGCGUGCGGACUGUCAACGAAAUGGUUGGACGCGCCGAGUUGCUCAAGGUCAGAGACGACAUUCGGACUCCUAAGCAGGAGAAGAUUGACCUGUCUCUCAUUCUGACUCCGGCUCACUCGCUUCGCCCUGGAGUCGCUACGUACAAUGUCCGCAAGCAAGAUCACCGUCUGCACACUCGCCUCGACAACAAGCUCAUCGCUGAAUCCGAGCUUGCACUCGAAAAGGGCCUCCCUUGCAGAAUCGAGUGUGAUAUCGUCAACACCGAUCGCGCCUUGGGUGCUACCCUAUCAUACCAGGUCAGUCGUCGAUUUGGUGGCGAGGGCCUUCCCCAAGACACAAUUCAUGCAAACAUCAAAGGCUCCGCUGGUCAAUCCUUCGGUGCCUACCUUGCGCCUGGUAUAACUCUGGAGCUCGAGGGCGAUGCCAAUGACUAUAUCGGCAAGGGCCUGUCCGGAGGCCGUCUCAUAAUUUACCCCCCUCGUGGCGCCGCCUUCAAGGCAGAAGAGAACGUGAUCGUCGGUAAUACUUGUCUCUACGGGGCGACUCGUGGUACUUGCUACUUCCGCGGUAUGGCUGCUGAGCGGUUUGCUGUCCGUAACUCAGGCGCCACCGCCGUUGUGGAAGGUGUUGGCGACCACGGUUGCGAGUACAUGACGGGUGGCCGCGUGCUCAUUCUUGGAUCAACUGGCCGUAACUUUGCUGCCGGUAUGUCCGGAGGUAUCGCAUACAUCCUAGACAAGAACCAGGACUUCCAUUCGAAGGUGAACAUGGAAAUGGUGGAAGUGUCUGGUCUGGAAGACCCUGCUGAGAUUGCCUUCGUUCGCGGCCUCAUCGAAGACCACCACCACUAUACUGGCUCGGAGUUGGCAGCUCGUGUCUUUUUGGACUUCACCCGGGCCCUCCCUCAUAUUGUUAAAGUGCUGCCUACCGAUUACAAGCGGACGUUGGAGGAGGAAGCUGCUAAGGCCGAGGCUGCCAAGAAGGCCGAGUUUACGCUCCCUCAACUUCCCAGCACCCCGGCAAACGCGGAGAAGCCCAAGGCCGAAGCCGAGUCGAAGAAGGCUGAGAUGCUGGACAUCGAGGACAGUAUCAGCGACUCGAAGACCGAGAAGAAGCGGUCAGCGCUCAUCCUGGACAAGACCAGGGGCUUCAUGAAGUAUAACCGGCGUAGCGAGAAAUACCGCAACCCUGCCACCCGUACACGUGACUGGGCGGAGCUCUCCAAUCGCCUCAGCGAGGACGAGCUCAAGUACCAGUCUGCUCGUUGCAUGGACUGUGGUGUUCCCUUCUGUCAGUCGGACACUGGUUGCCCGAUUUCCAACAUCAUCCCCAAAUUUAACGAAUUAUUGUUCCAGGGCCAAUGGCAAGAUGCCUUGAACCGUCUACUCAUGACCAACAACUUCCCCGAGUUCACUGGCCGUGUCUGCCCUGCCCCGUGCGAAGGUGCAUGCGUCCUAGGAAUUAACGAAGAUCCUGUCGGUAUCAAGUCCAUCGAAUGUGCCAUCAUUGACCGUGGGUUUGAGAUGGGCUGGAUGGUUCCUCGUCCUCCUCCAAACCGCACUGGCAAAACCAUCGCCGUUAUUGGGUCUGGCCCUGCUGGUCUUGCAGCAGCUGACCAACUUAAUCGAGCUGGUCACAGUGUGACUGUUUACGAGCGUGCUGACCGCAUUGGAGGCUUGCUCAUGUAUGGCAUUCCCAACAUGAAGCUUGACAAGAAGAUCGUGCAGCGGCGUGUUGAUUUGAUGGCCGCCGAGGGCGUUAAGUUUGUUACCAGCACUCCCGUCGGCCCUGAGCACGAGGUUUCUCUCGAAUCCCUGCGCAAGAGCAAUGAUGCCGCCAUCAUUGCUACCGGUGCCACAGUGGCACGCGACCUUAAGGUCACCGGUCGCGAGCUUGAUGGCGUGCACUUUGCCAUGCAGUUCCUCCAUAAAAACACCAAAUCGCUUCUCGAUUCUAACCUGGCCGAUGGGGCGUAUAUCUCUGCCAAAGAUAAGCACGUCGUGGUUAUUGGCGGUGGUGACACUGGUAAUGAUUGUAUCGGCACAUCUGUUCGUCAUGGUGCGAAGUCCGUCACCAACUUCGAACUGUUGCCUCAGCCUCCCCCUGAGCGUGCCCGUGAUAACCCAUGGCCCCAGUGGCCCCGGAUCUAUCGUGUCGAUUACGGUCACUCUGAAGUGAAAACUCACAUGGGCAAGGAUCCUCGCGAGUAUUGUGUCAUGUCCAAAGAAUUCGUUGACGACGGCUGUGGUCGCGUCAAAGGCAUUAACACCGUCCGUGUCGAAUGGACCAAGAGCGCUUCUGGCGGAUGGGAUAUGAAGACUGUCGAAGGGAGCGAGCAAUUCUUCCCCGCCGAUCUUGUUCUUCUUUCCAUGGGUUUCCUUGGUCCCGAGGAUCGCCUCCUGGGCGAUGAAAUUGAACGCGACGCUCGCAAGAAUGUCAAGACUCCUCCUGGCCAGUAUAACUCAAGCAUCCCCGGCGUCUUCGCCGCCGGUGAUUGCCGUCGCGGCCAGUCCCUCAUUGUUUGGGGCAUCAACGAAGGUCGCCAGUGCGCUCGCGAAGUCGAUACCUACCUGAUGAACACCAGCUCUCAGCUCCCCGUCACCGGUGGCAUUGUUCGUCGACCAGCGAUUGAUGCGAUUCCUCAGGGUGUUACUCAGACUGUUUCCGCAUGA